UAAAGUUUUGAUGCACUUUCACUCUACCUCUGUUAUUACUGAAUGGAUUUGAUUCAGACUUAAAAUAGUUGUUCAACAUCAUCACCCAUAUCGUAUGACACAAGGUGCAUAACUCUGGCACCAUUAUUUCAUGAAUUAUUCCCCCAUUUUACUUAUAAUUUCAGGUUAAAGUUUUGGUGCACUUUCACUCUGUCUCUGUUAUUACUGAAUGGAUUUGAUUCAAACUUAAAAUAGUUGUUCAACAUCAUCAUCCACAUCAUUUGACACAAGGGCCAUAACUCUGGCACCAAUAUUUUAUGAAUUAUCCCCCCUUUUCACUUAAAAUUUCAGGUUAAAGUUUUGGUGCACUUUCACUCUAUCUCUGUUAUUACUGAAUGGAUCUGAUUCAAACUUAAACAAUUGUUCAACAUCAUCACCCACAUCAUAUGACACAAGGUGCAUAACUCUGGGACCAAUUUUUCAUGAAUUAUUUCCCCUUUUUACUUAGAAUUUUAGGUUAAAGUUUUGAUGCACUUUCACUCUGUCUCUGUUAUUACUGAAUGGAUUUGAUUCAAACUUAAAAUAGUUGUUCAACAUCAUCACCCACACCAUAUGACGCAAGGUGCAUAACUCUGGCACCAAUUUUUCAUUAAUUAUUCCCCCUUUUUACUUAGAAUUUUAGGUUAAAGUUUUAAUGCACUUUCACUCUGUCUUUGGUAUUACUGAAUGGAUUUGAUUCAAACUUAAAAUAGUUGUUCAACAUCAUCACCCACACUAUAUGACACAAGCUGCAUAACUUUGGCACCAAUAUUUAAUGAAUUAUGCCCCUUUUUGCUUAGGAUAUACUUAUAUAGUGUUUUGAUACAUUUUAUCUUUACCUCUCUUAUUACUUUAAGUUGAUAUUUUUGACAUAGACUCAGGUUAUUGUGCAAUAUCUUCAUCCACAAUUGGAGUCAUUAAACACUCCAGUGACAGCUCUAGUUUCAUCAGAUGUGCCCAGUUUCACUAUCCAGCAUCGAAAUAGUCGAGCGCGCUGUCUCCUGUGACAGCUCUUGUUUAAGUCCCCUUUCAAUUGGGAACAUCAAUAGUUAUCCCCCUUAACAUAGUGAGAAUUAUUUAUUUUGAGCUUAUAUCGGCCAUAGUUUGGAGUGUUAUUUGACUAGGCUCGUUAAACCUUUUUAGAAAUAUUAAUAAUCAUGAUAAGUUGGUCACCUGCGGUAUGAGCAUUGAAUUUCGUGCAGUAGGCCUUGGUUUAUGACCCUAGAUUUGAUGAAAAUUAGCAUUCAAGAAAACUGAUUGCUGUUUAGGGGACACACGUGUCAAUUUGGCACAAAGCUAGUUACUGAUAAAUUUAUCUUUGUUUUUUCUUGACAUGCAUGUUACUCAGAAAAGUGAGGGUGAUUUAGAUCUUGAAUGUGAGUGGCAUGUGCACAGUGCCUGUGAUAUGACUGGUAUGUAGACGGUAAACAUGUGCAAAACAUAUUUUCAGUAGAACCAUGUUUAGAAUGCUUGACAAAAUAGUUUCUCUACCAUAUAACUUUCUACUGGAUCUACCGUGUCUAGUUUAAAUAGAAAUACUGGUAGUGCCUGUCAUGAAAUAUAAUCUUCCCCAUUCUCCAUAAAAAUAAGAUGCUUUAAAGGUGGAUAAUCAGAUUUUGGCCAUGUAACGGAUUUGUUCGAAACUUCAGCAUCUGAUCAUUUACACUCAUUUAUGUUCACUUAACACUUAAUACAAAUUAGAUUUUCACAGGAGGUAUUUUUAAAAUUUCAUUUUCCUAUCCUGGUUGCCCAACCAAGAUAGAGUUAUUUUAUCAUAAGUAUAAAUUUGAUAAACAUACUUUGCCUAAGGAAAUGUAUAAAUAUUAGACAUAUUGUAAUAUAUUUGUAAAAUAUUUGCAUUAAAAAUUAUGUAUUUAGAUGGAAUUAAUUAGAAACGCAAGUUUGAAAAAUUAUUAUUACCUCCCUUUGCCUAUCUUGGUUGCGCAACCAAGAUAGAUUGGAAAUAAAUGAAUUCAGAAGCUACACACAGCUUUAAAACUUGCAUUUUGGUUUAGAUUGUUCAAUAGUUGAUAUGUCUAUCAAAUGCAAAUGUAAAACUAGACAUUGUAUCGAAAUAAAAAGAAAUACCCAGCUUUUUAUAUACUUUCAUAUUAAAGGGGAGUAAUUACAAAAUUUUAUAAAAAUAAUAAAAUAUACAUUUCAAAUAGGAAUCUAACUCUAUGUAAUCGGUCUUUUUGUUCCUUAAAUAAUUCUCUACCAGAAUAUACAAAAAGUAAAAAAUGUUGAUUAAAUGUGAUUGACCAUCUUUAAAUUCAGAUGUUUUUUUUUUAUGGGAUGUAUUUUCAUUUCAGAUGGCGUAUGGUUAUACAUGGGGGAAUAGACGGUUUCUCUAGAAUGCCAGUGUUUUUAAAAGUCAGCAACAACAACAAAGCGCAGACAGUCCUUGAUGCUUUCCUUGAGGCUGUACAAACUUACGGUUUACCACAUAGAGUACGAUCAGAUAAAGGUGGUGAAAAUGUCUUGGUUGCUGAGCACAUGCUUAGAAAGAGGGGUAUUGAGAGCAAACCGUUCAUUGCCGGACGUAGUGUACACAACCAAAGAAUUGAAAGAUUAUGGAGAGAAUUAUGGAAUGGUGUCAAUGUCACAUUCUACAACCUGUUUCACUUUAUGGAAGACCAGGGUGUUUUGCUUAUAGAUAUGGAAUUACACCUACAGAUUUUGCAUUUUGUUUACCUCCCCCUGAUUCAAAGUCAUCUAGACAGAUUUUUAGCAGCGAUGCAGAGGCGUCCUCUUAGAACUGAAAGUAACAGGAGUCCUAUGCAACUUUGGUUGAGUUAUCAACUCCAAGAUCUUGAACCAGACAUUGAUGCUGACAGCUAUGGAGUAGAUGCAGAGGAGUUGGGAUUGGCAGAAGUAAAUUCAGUGCCUGUUCCAGAGACGCAAAUCAUUCCACAACGACUUCUCCCUGGUUUACAUGCGAUCCGUAACCAAGAUUCAGUGUGUUUUAGAAUGGACAUUUUUAAUGAUUGUGUGAAGUAUGUUGAACAAAACAUGUAAACAUUUAAUUUAUAACGAGGAAAUUGCUGGAAACAAUGGAUACUCCCUUAAGCGAUUGAACUGUAGUGAAUGUGAUGAUACACUCAAAGUCUUAGUACUGUUACUUAAAAAUCAGGAAAACUCAAUGAAAAGUCUAGCAGGAAAAACGCAUUAUAUACAUGUCUGCUCUUGAAAUUAA